CAUGCCCAGCGAGCGUGUGCUUGAGGUGCCAGACGAUUAUGUCAUAUGCACGCUGCUGAUCUGGCUGUAAGACGAUUUCCUCCUCCUUUGAUGGAUCAACGUCGUUAUUGGCGGUGUCCCCAUCGAGUGACCUGCGCUUGCGUUCCUCUGGCGCUUCUAUAUUGUCGGCAAUCAUCUCGACGGACGGCAGAACAUCGUUUGCCUCCUGGGCGGAUUCAGGGCGCUCUUCAUCUUCCGAAUCUUCUGCUCUGGCGCCCAUGUCGUUUUGCACUUGCACGACGCGAUCAAGCUCUUUACGCCAUUUGAUAAGAUUGCUUAGAUCGUUUCCGGUUGCAGGCAAUGCGUUGCGCGUCAAACAGUUUGACUAGACGCGCAAUUUCAAUGGCCAUGCGCCCGUGCGCUGACUCGCGAUUCGACGUCUGGGACUCAAGGAGAGCUUUGAUCCUGUUCUGCGUGAUGGCUACCUGGUCGGCAUCUUCGUCAAAAGACUCGAAGUUGGACUCGUUCGUUGGAAGUUGAUCCUGACUGGCAGGAGUGGUAGAACUGGAUGUUUGCGAGGAGGUCAUAGGUGCGCUCGGGUGCACUCUCCAAGAAAGCGGCAAAAGCUUCUUGCCAUGACUGCGAUUUAGUCUUCAGGUCGUCCUCGAGCUUACGCCAGGGCUUGAGCAACAUCAACAUGGAUGCAC